AUGGGACAACAAGUAUCAAAGGAUGCAAUCAAGGAGGAGAUUGAAGGAACAUUGAGCUUUGCAAUCUUAUCACAACAUCAUGAGAAUCAGAACACAACAAACAAUAAUAACAAUACUGCUACUUGUUGUUGUCAGAAAGGAUUGAUACAGAGAUAUUAUUACUACUUGUCAAAGAAGAAGGAUAAUGGAUAUAUUGACGAGUUUAUCAAACCAUUGGACAAGUCAGUAUUGCUCAGACAUUAUAUCAAUGAGGAGUAUGAGGAGCAAUUACGUCAGAGGGAAGCCCUACAUGCACCACAGGCAAAACAACAGGCUGCUGCUGCCGCUGCCAUUGUAGGCAAGAAGUUGGAUACAAAGAAGGAUAUCAUUGAUAACAAAGACGACAACAAUGACAACAAUGAAGACACAACAAACAAAGACAAAGUCAAACGAAGCAUCCUGUAUGAUGCAUUUACAAUCGAGUCUGCUCAGUUUGAUGGCGAAGAGAUCUUCCUUCAUAUCAUCCAGAAGCAGCAUCCACAGACCUUUGAGCCAACAUUAUAUGAACGAGUACUUGUGCCACAAUCAGUUCAACUACAGUUCAAACUGCAACCAAACGAAUCCCUCUCGAGCUGGGAGUACUUUGAUGAACUGAACUCCACUCCCAUCUUUUACCAAAUCAAUCCAUUGUACAAUAUGAUCAACUCUGACAACUACACCGUCCAGGAGAAGGGCCUAACCAGGAUGUCCGUAUCAAGUCGCGAUCAGUCCAUCAAGGAAUACUUGAGCAGCAUCAUUCAAUCAUUCUCAACAUAUAUUACACCAUUGCCCAACUCGAUACACUUCCAUGACUCAUCGAUACCUCCCUCGAUUGAUUAUAGUGCUCCAAACUUGUUGCGUAUACAUCCGAAUAUAUUACCGAUACUGGAGGUGCUGGAGAGCGACAAGAACUUCAUCAUAACGCACAAGAAGUACCCAUUCUCGCUGGACUGUCUACUGCGGUACAGCAGUCAGUUCCUGGUCAAGAACUCCAAGAUCACGGCGUUUAUCCUCUACCAGCUCAUUCAGGUGAUCAGCUUCCUGCACGAGAAGGAGAUCAUUCACGGCGACCUGUCGCCGGCCAGCGUGUUCCUCGACGAGCACAUGUGGCUCGGCCUGCAUGGCUUCACAUUCCCUCGCGCGCCAAAGUACUACGUGGUUCCACCCAACAGCGACCCGCUCGACAGCACCGUCAACCUCUGGGUAAACGGCCAGAUAUCCAACUUCAACUACUUGUUGCUGCUCAAUCAUCUGGCGCACCGCAGGCCCGGCGACCACAUCAACCAUCCAGUGCUGCCCUGGGUCAUCGACUUUGCCCGCCAUCCCUUCCAGGCGGCGGGCGGCUGGCGCGACCUUACCAAGACAAAAUACCGUCUGAACAAGGGCGAUGAGCAGCUCGACUUCCAAUUCAACAACGCACCUGGCGGUAUCAAUCGCCCGCACCACAUCUCGGACAUCUUGUCCGAGCUGACCUACUACAGCUACAUGGCUCGACGCACGCCCGUGCCACUGCUGCGUCGCUUCGUGCGCACCAACUACGAACCCAACGAAUACCCGUCGUCUAUGGAGCGACUCUACCGAUGGACACCAGACGAGUGCAUCCCCGAGUUCUUCACGGACCCUACCAUCUUCAAAUCGAUACACGAUGACAUGCCCGACUUGGCCAUCCCCGAGUGGGCCUCGUCGCCCGCUGACUUUAUUUCGAUUCACAUGGCGGCUCUCGAGUCGGAGCAGGUGUCCAAGUACCUGCAUCAUUGGAUCGACCUGACCUUUGGCUACCUGCUCAGUGGCGAGGCGGCCAUCAAGGCAAAGAAUCUUGCACUGGUCGACACAUCAGUUCCUCGCACAUCUGGCAUCGUUCAACUGUUCACCAAGCCACACCCACACAAGAAGAUCGCCUCGACUUCGUUCGUGAGUGCUGAGCCCAUCAUCAAGUUCAACGAAGUGUCGGCUUUGUCACAGUCCACUGGUGAGUCCUCGUCCUCCAACAUCCUGCCCAGCGCACAAACAAUCCUCAACUCGAUCACCCAAUCAGUGGCACCAAUCUCACUGGGCAGCAACAGCAUCAGUGGUGGAGGCAAUGCAUUCCAGCCAAUCUCAUCGGCACCAUCCUCUGGCUCGUCUGCAUCACUCAAUCAGCAGUCAACUCAGUCUCUGUCCGCAUCGACAGGCAUCAUCUCCAAGACAGGCACUCUACGCUCCAAGAAGGAGGACAGCGCCAAGACUCUGGCCAAAUUCCUUCCAUCACUAUUCAACAACAGCAACAACAACAGCAACAACAACAACUCGAAUGAUAACAGCUCGACAAGUGACACACCCACGUCAACAAAGAGUUUGGUUCACUCCAAGUCUGAGGAGGGCAUUGGAAGAAGGUACAGUGGGCAUAAGAACCAGGGAACGCCUGUGAAGGAGUUUGGAAGUCACUCUGACAACGCCAUCAAUCUGCCCACCAGCCCCACAUCUCCAACUCAGUCGCAAGGCGGGUUCAUGUCACCUCAACUCGAUGGCAGGAUGUCGCCACAGACAGUUAGCAUGUCAUCGUUCAGCGCCGACCUUCCAAUCACACACAUUAUCGAGCCACUGCCAGCCGACCUGGACUUUGACCUCUACGACUACGAGCGUCUGUCCAACCCGGGCAUGUACGAGAGCACUGGCAUGCCGAGCUCAAGUGUCAACGCACCAAACACUGGCGACUUCUUCCUGCAGGACCUGUUCACUUGCGAGAGCACACUCUCCUUCAUUCAAUCAUUCCAAAGUCUUGCGCCCAUCUACCGACCAAUGGAGUAUGAUCGGUCGCAGCAACAGCAACAGCCUGGCAGCAUUCUCUCGUACCUUGGCCGGCCCAAACCUACAGCGCUCGAGACCAUGAAAGCCAACGACAUGUAUGCCAUUGGCUGCAUCAUUGCUGAGCUAUACCAAGGCGCACCACUAUUCAACAAUGACAGCAUUGUCAAUCACUUCACCACAUCAACACCGACAGCAUCGUCCUCUGGCACCAAGCCAUCAUCGAAGCAACAGAGUGGCGGCAGCAAACCCACUCACAGCCAGUCGCUCACAUUCAAUCUACCGACACCAAUCCGUGAGCUGGUCGACAGUCUUGUGCAUCCAAACCCUGAGGAGCGACUCAAGCCCAAGCAGGUCCUUGCCUCGCCCAUCUUCCCCUCGUACUUUAAGCAGAUGUAUCACUUCCUCUGCCACUACCACUCGCUUCACACCUACGAGGAGAAGCUCACAUUCACCCUGGCCAACAUUGGCAUUGUGACCUCUCUUCCAAAUGAAGCCAUGGAUCUUAUCCUCCCAUUCAUCCUGGAGCUGUUCUAUCAACCCACUACCAAGGUCAGUGCGCUGGUCGACCUGCUGGACCCGCUCUCCCAGCGUCUAGGACCACUCUCAACACAAACCUACCUGCUGCCAUGUGUGAUCAAUCUCUACCAACUGCACGACGAUCAUCUGUUGCAGUGCCAUCUGAUCCAGAUACCUCUGAUUGACAUGAUCAUCUCUAGGUUUGGACGCGACAUCUACAUCCAUCACAUCCUACCCUUCUUCCUCGACAGCGUCAAGACCAACCCACGCGACAAUCCCAACCAUGAGAUGAUCACCACCGCACUCAUAUAUAUCUCCAAGGUGCUGGGCAUCCCACUGACCAUCCGUCACAUCAUGUACCCUCUACUCAUCGCUCUGACCAAGCCAUACCUACAGCACAUCACCGAGCCACUCAUUGCCAUUGCCUCAAGCCUAGGCGAGUCGAUCAUUGUCAAGUUCUACUUCCCCGCCAUCUUCAUACUGAUCAAGCAUUCAUCCAAGUCACCUCGAUCAGAGUCCAUCCCCUGCACACUACUCGGUCUAUUACAAGAGUUAAUUCUACUUGUCAAGCCUGGUCUAGUACUGCGAUCACUCCUGAAGGACUCCAAUCAACUUGCCAGUCUGUUGCUCAAUCCCCCCAACCCCUCAGUGCUCAUCCCUCUCUCCGAGACCAUACUCCGUGUGGCCAAAAGGAUAGGAGUCAACAACACAAAGCUAUAUAUAUUGAAGUAUCUUCAACAGUUUUACUAUUCAUACUCUGAUAUUUAUACUUUCAAGGACAAUGGAUUGGUGGCCAACGAUUCCAACAAACAGCUACGUGCUAUAUACUCACCAGAGAUGACAUAUCACCUCUAUUUCAAGAUGUCACGAGUGAUUGGUAUCGAUAUAUUGCGAUCUGAGAUCUCAGACAAUGCACUGAUCGAGCAUAUUAUGAUGUUGUACAUCAAGGAAAACAACAUCAAGGUGGAGCCAAUGACAACUUCAAACAUACCACCCUACGUGUCGGACGAAGGACUGUUUGACGAUGUCGAGCCAACGCUCAAUGAGAAGAUCAGCUUGACCUACGUCCUGGACGACUAUCAAGACUACGAUGGUUUGAUCACUGAGCAGGCAUUCAACAUGGAAGGCAAUGUGGUCGCCUUCUACAAAGAGCAUUCGGCCGCCGUCAAAUCAAUCGCAAUUGCUCCAUCUGAGACUAUCUUUGCCACUGGCAGCAAGGACAACCUUGUCAAGAUAUGGUCCCCAGACACUACCAAGUCAAGAUGUACCUACAACCAACAUCUUCACACCGUUCACACUGUUCACUUUGUAUCAUCAUUGGUUGCCUCUUGUGACUCAACCUCCAUUCACAUUUGGGAUGCUGAAAGCAAGGUAAAGGUUAAUGUAUUUGUUGAACCAACUGGCAGCUUCAGUUGCUUUGAGCCGAUCACCAACAAGUACCUGGUUGCCUCAUCGUCAGAGUCCACACUCAGCUUCUUGGAUCUCAACUUGGGCGUUGAGACACAUUCGUGGGUACUUCCAUAUCAAGGUGGAAGCUCUAUUCGAUGCAUUACAACUUCGAACGAUCACUUCAUUCCAUCAGAUUCCAAUUCAUUGCUGUCUAAUCCUCCCAACACAUUCCCCAGUUGGAUUGCUGCCGGCUCAUCGUCAGGCAUCAUCACCGUCCUGGACACUCGAACUGGAUCAAUCCUCGACUCUUGGAAGACUGAAGGUCCAAUCAUCAAGCUUAUUGGACAGAACUCGAGGUACUUGGUGUCGAGCUCAGAGAAAUCAGUUAUCCAAUGGGACCUGCAGACAUCACCACCAACAAUUGUCAAGAUGUGGAAGGGCUUCAAGGACUCGAUCAACUCAUUGGCUCUUUGGCAGGAUGACCUGAUCGCUUCGUCUGGUACCAAACUCUCCAGUAUGUCAUUGGUAGACGAUCUCUCUGGUAGCUAUGGAUCAACGUUCAGGGCCGAGGGUAUCAAACUGAACACAACCAAGCAGUCCAACAUCCUGUCCACUGGAUUCCUACCUCUGCAUCACAUCCUGUUGGCUGGCACUGAGGACGGACAUCUCAAGAUGGUCAAAUAA